AUGUACAUAGACAGUCUUGAAUUUGAUGUAAUUGAUGAAUUGAAUGAAAAUAGUAAAGAAUUGCAACAAGUUAAUAAAAAAUCUUUGCAUACUGCUCAUAAACCUUUGCAAAAAGCCUUAAUUAAAUAUAAACAAAAUAGUUAA